AUGGCCCCUCCGAACAACCCAACCGGGUUCAGCAUGAAAGCCUUCACCGACGCAGCAACAAGCAAAGAAUGGCGGGCACGAGACCCGUGGAGCAGAUAUGAGGCAUGGCGAUACACCGGACCUUUCACAAGAUGGAAUCGAUUCAAGGGCGCAUUUCCUGGAUUUGGAAUUGCUGUGGUUGCCUUCACGGGCUACGUGAUCUUCGAGCAACUGUUUCUGAAAGACUCGCACGGUCAUGGGCACGAUGAGAAGUCGGGACACCACUAG